AUGCACGAAGAGGCAUAUGGUGUUGAAAUGCCUAGUGCGUUGCGGCGUUUGUUCACGACAAUCUUAAUCUUUUAUAAGCCUAGCAACCCUCUAGCGUUGUGGCAUCAGUUCUACAGAAACCUUUCUGAAGACUUUGUGCGCAGGUUCUACCAAGAGAAGGAAAAGAUUGCACUACUUACUAUAAAAGCAAUUGAACGACUCCUUGAGGAUAUGGGGAAAACUCUGGAAGAUUUUGACCUCGAUGGUUUGAAGGGGGCUGAAAGUGAUGAGAUCAAACGAACUAAAGAUAUUAUUGACGCACUUUAUGCACCAAUACCAGAUGAGUACAAAGAAGUACGAGGACAUUUGAACUGCAAGCAACAAGAGGCGUUUGAUUCUAUUAUGGAUCACAUUCGAACAGGCAAAGCUGCCGCCUUCUUUAUAGACGGGCCAGGAAGGACGGGGAAGACGUACCUGUAUCAAGCACUCUAUGUAGAAGUCUGCUUGAUGGACAAAAUUGUUCUCCCUGUAGCAACGUCGGGUAUUGCUGCAGAAAACAUAGUCACUGGUCGAACUGCUCAUUCUCGGUUUAAAAUACCUCUUGAUCACAUUGUUUCGAAGGCGUGCAACGUGUCUAAGCAAAGCGGACUCGCAGCGCUUUUAAAAGAAACUUGCUCGAUUAUUUGGGAUGAGUCUUCAAUGGCUCAAAAGGAGAACAUAGAAUCGUUAGAUUUACUAUUGCGAGAAUUAUGUGACCCCAAUGUUCCAUUUGGAGGUAAAGUUGUCGUCUUUGGCGGUGAUUUCCGCCAAGUUUUGCCAGUUGUGCCGCAAAAAACUCAGAAUGAGGCUGUUGAAGCUAGCCUUGUGUCAUCUACCCUAUGGCCCACAUUUAUACGUUUCAGCCUAACUGAAAAUAUGCGUGCCCGAGAAGACCAACAAUUUUCUGAAUUUUUACUUGACCUUGGGAAUGGGUGCCUCCAAACUGCUGAAGUUGCAUCUAUUCAAAUACCGCCACAGAUUGUUCUCCCGUUUGAUGCGAACUCCAAUUGUGUGAGUGAGCUUAUGAAAAGCGUCUUCCCAGAGAUCAAUGUAGGGGCUUGUCCUGACAUUUUUUUCACAGAUCGGGCAAUUUUAACGCCUAUGAAUGAAGAUGUUGGUGGGCAAUUUUAA